UGUGCUCAAAGAUGUUGCGCGUGCUGGUGCUGCUGUUGCUGGCCAUCGGAGUCCAGGAUUGCCGGGGCGAUUGUAAUAUCUGCUCCGCAUCCUCGAAUGCGGCCUGCGUCUCGGAAACACAGUUUAUGUUCUGCGAGGACAACCUACCCGUCCAGCCAAUCAAUAGCUGUCCAUCGGGCUCGUAUUGCACGGCGCAGGAGGCGAUUUGCCAGGUCAACAGCGCCAUGAGGUCAUGUAACAGCUGCCUAAUGUGCAACGCAGGUAUGACCCAUGCCUGCCUGGGCGUUCGCACGUUUGCUCUGUGCCUGGGUACAGUCACUCCAUCGUCGAUCACCGGCAGCUGUGCUCCCAACUAUGUCUGCAACCUGGAAAAUCCCAACAUUUGCGGCAUUGCAUCAUCCGGUUCACAGGCCACCUGUCCGUUGGUGGAUGACGAGAUGUCCACGACAUUGUCUCCGGGCUCUAUCCUGGAUCCCACCACUUACUGCAGAUAUAUCCAGAAGGCUGGACGCUUUCCCUAUGGCAAUACGCUGGAAACAACCUGCAAGGAGUACAUUUACUGCUACUUGAGCUCUAGUUCCUGGUACGGUGCCCUCUACUACUGCCCGGGCUCAACCUAUUUCCAACCCACUUCUCAGAUGUGCAACGCCAGCAUUCCUAUCACCUGCACCUCAGGCGUAAGGAACUUGCAGCUAAGAAAUCUGCGACUGUCCUGAGCAAGGAUACUAAAAGUAAAUCAAAAGUAGCUUGGAUUGAAAGGUUCAAAAAAUAUGUAUUGAAAUAAUAAAUAAAUGUUUAUUUAUGUACUUUAAAUAUGGACAGCA